AUGGUUCCCAGGCCUGCCUUGACCAAGGCGCUUUUGUGCCUGCUCUUUGCCCUACAGCUCACAGCAGCCUCUCGAAUCGAUUUACAUCGUCGACAAGACGACCAAUCCUCCUCUCUCAUUACCACAGGAACCGAGUCAAAACCUACCCAAACGCGACAGCCCAGCUCAGAUCAGACAAACAGUGACGGUUCGUCCGUGGCCGAGACGAAUGCUCCCAAGACCACCACGGUUAAGACGGGAGACGAUGCUACCACAGACACUGCCACAGCGACUACAUCCAGUGAGCUUUCAGUUUCGACAAAUGGGACACUGAGCGACGAUGUAUUCCAAAAUGUCACUAUACCGGCCGGCGAGCUUCCACUGGCGCCCGUUCUCACGCCUGGAUGGGGUGUAGCUGGUGCCUUUAUGCUUAUCGCUGGCGGAGCCUAUACUCUGGUUGGUAUCAGGAACCGAACCGUCCACGCCUUCCUUUCAGUUGCCUUCUCGACCGCCCUAGGAAUUGCUGUCCUCAUCAUCUACGUUAUGAACCCGCCGAUCAGCAACGCAUUACAAGGGGGCUAUGUUGCAGCCGCUAUCCUCUCAGGCUGUGCUCUGGGAGUUGGCUCUAUAUUUUUCAAGGACCUAACUGAAGGCUUGGGUUGCGCGCUGGGUGGGUUCUGUGUUAGUAUGUGGCUUUUGACUCUGGUCCCUGGCGGACUGCUCACCACCGUUGCAUCUAAGGCUGCCUUCAUCGCAUCUUUUACCGUUGUCGGCGGUGCCUUUUAUGUGAGCCAUUACACUCGGGACUGGGCGUUGAUCUCGAUGAUUUCCUUUGCUGGUGGCACGAUAGCUGUUCUGGGUAUUGACUGUUUUAGUCGUGCUGGCCUGAAGGAAUUCUGGGCAUAUGUCUGGGGCUUGAACAAGAACCUGUUUCCGCUGGGUGCGGAUACGUAUCCAGUCACAAAAGGAAUUCGCGUGCAAUCGGCUGCCAUUAUCAUCAUUUGCUUUGUCGGCGUCAUUUCUCAAAUCAAGCUUUGGAGAGUUGUUAGACAAAAGAGAGUACAGCGGGCGGCAGAACGGGCAAAGGAACAGCGAGAUCUGGAAGCCGAGGAAGCGAAUGUUGGACGUCAAAUAGAGGAGACUACUGCUCGUGAUCGACGCGCUUGGGAGAGAGAAUAUGGCAAUGCGGAAACCGGAAAUUCUUCGCUUUCUGACAACGCGAGCGAAAAAAGACUGCGAGAGAGCGACAACUAUUCGAUCAAACCUGCAUCAGAGCCCCAGGUUUACGAGAUGGCUGAUAUGACGGAUUCUGACCGCAGCAGGCACCAAGCGGAACCCCUCGAGAAAGACAUGGAUGGAAAGGUUACCGUCCGAGUUGCUGCAGAUGAUGCCCCUGACGACUCACCAUUCACCGACGAUGGCAACGAUGAUCCUAAGAUCCGCAGUAGCAGAACCUCCACAAGUCAAAGUCUCAGUAUCUCUGCUGAGAAGCGUCGUCAAUCACAGGAGCCAACCUCGACCGAAGUACCGCAACGUGGUUCUAGGCACUUGCAAGAUGAAGACUCCGAGGAGUUGGUGAUUGCUUCAAAGGUAGAUCGCGAGGAUGAUGAAUCUUCGCUGGCCGUCACACUCGAUCGCCAGAGCCUCGAUAGCGACCGUCGUUCUGCUCUUGGUGGUGUCGAACUCAAAGAUAUCGAAAUCACUGCUCGACUCUCACAGGAUGAUACCCAACGGUUACAAUCCGAAUCUAAUCAGGAUGCGAAGAAGCAUUUGUCGGCCAAUACCGUCUCCGAGACUUUGACAAGUGCCCAGAAUGAUAUCAAGACAGCGAAUAGCCACCUCGAGGACCCCAACUCUACAUCCCAAAACGGCCACACGGAGAAACCCAAAUCGGCUACAUCCGGAGUGUCAGCUCGAGCUAGCCUUACUAAAGACCACCUGCCUCGAACCCUGUCACGAGUUGCAUUGUCAUACCGAACUAAUGAAUGGGCUAAGCACCUUGCCUAUGCCGAUACUCCUGAUCCCGAGGAUAUUACCAUCGCUGAAGUCCCAAAGGCCACAAAGAGAGAUUCUCAGCAAGAACGUGUAGCUCCUGUGAACAUCGAGGAGUUACAGCAAGGGAUGGCCGAUGGCGUUCCACCUCCUGCGAUUAUCCGAUCCGAUUCAAGAAAUUCAGUGGCUUCGCUCAACCAUGUUAUGGCUAAGAGAGAUUCGAAGCAGAGUCUUAAAAUGUCUGCUGGUUCCCCAUCUCCCGACAAAGACAUUCAGCAGCUCAGCCCACCGAUAAACCCGACCCCUAUGUCCCGGUCAUCAUCUGCCAUGGCCAUGCGCCGAAACUCUCCUCACUUUGAGCCUAUCGUGGAAGAGCACGACUCGUCCAAAUUGGGCAACGACUACAUGGGCGAGACUUUGCGUUCCAAGGGCUCCAUUCCCGGAGUAAAAUCUUUUAAUAGCCCGCAAACUCUCAUUGGGCAGCGUGAAUUAUUCCUUCGAAACAAAUCACAAGGCAAUCUUCUGGCGAACAAUGUUCAUGAGCAGUACGCUAGCAUCCAGCCAACACCCAGCGAUGCUGGUUCGCUUCAUAACUACCCGAUGUAUGCAGCUGCCUUGGCCUCUGACCCUGAUGACAUCCCUCUUAGCCAACGCAAGCAGUUAAUGCAUCGACAAAAUAGUCUAUCGGCCUUGUCCGGUAGCCCAGCCAUCCCACACAUGGCCAGCUCUCCUGACCUUCCCCAGAGCAGCUCGUUCAACUCGCACCAGCCACAGCGCGGUUCCAACCUCCCCACAUCUGCAGUGCGGGAAGCUCAACUCGCAAACUUUCGUUCCUCCGUACAACAUGAUCUACGUUCAGGUAGUGCGUUAGUGAGCGGCUCCAGUCGGGAAACGCCCUUUGCGUCUACAAAUAAUUUGCUCUCUGGCCGUGAAGCUGAGGUGCAACGCAGCAUCGAAAUGCAGCGGAACAUGCUCCUCAACCAAAAGGACCAAGAGGCGCAGCGCAAGGAGAUGACUAGGCUCGAGAAAGAAUGGGCUGACAGGGUCUUUGACGAAAGGAUGCGCAGUGGAGAGUUGAUGGACGCCCACCGCUCAGUCAUGAGAAAGAUGCAGAAUAACGCCAAGGAGUAA